AUGCGAUGGCGCGUACCUGCCAGCGAGUCGGAUCUUUUCAGGUCCGUCAGACUCGAGCCCCGCCUCAUCCUGUUCCUGGGCAGCGAGACAGGUGGUCUAUCCGCCGCCGCGGAGGACGCGACCGCCGCCGCCGCUGCGGCGUUUGCCGCCAUCGACCUUUCCGAGUUGCCGGUCUUGGCCAACGACGACGAGUCCGACUUGGAUAUGGUGCGCCGGGUGCCGACGAUCAUCGGGAACACGGCCGUCAGCUUGAUCCGCCUGUUGGACAAGAAUCCUCCGCCGCCGCCCGCCGGCGGGUCCAUGGCCGGAUCGUCGUCAAAACCGCACGGAGAUCGUCGAUCGUAUUUAUAG